ACAAAACAGGCAGUUUAAUACAAAAGUGUGCUAAUAAUUAUCAAUACUUUCUAAUUGCUCACAAUUAUAAUAUGAAUACGAUGCCUCCUAUCAAACCACCGCGGGGUAUUAAACCGACAAAAGAAACGAGUGGUUUGUUGAUCUCCGUGAUACGUGCUCUAUCAGCAAGUGAAACAAACGAGCAACGAGAGAUUGAGAAGGCUAAGUUGGAAAAAGAGUAUAAACGCAGUGAUCAACGACUGGAGGAAUUAGUUUCCUCACAUGAUCAAGAUCUCAUGGAAAUUAUGCAAAUAUUUAGUGCACUGUCAGAAAAAGUCACAUCAUCACGAGAGAAAAUUCAUGCCGUGAAAGAGAAUUUGAAUGUCUGUAAACAGUUGCUGAGGUGUAAACGAGAAGAGCUAUUGAAUCUAUGGCUGGAAGGAAUAGAACAUAAACAAGUUUUGCAUCUCCUAAAGGACACAUCAUCAGCUUCAUGUGAACGUAUGGUGACUUCAACAGAGCCUCAGUUAAUCAAUUUAUCACACGACCCCUUAAUAAAUCAAUGAAAAUUCUGUAUUAUAUAUAUUAUUAUACGUAAUAAUUAAUAUU